GGGUGGUCGUCCGUAUGCGCUGGGCGUGCGCGGCGUGGCGUGGCGUGGCGCGGCGUGGCGCUGGGCGUGGCGGUCCGUGACGCGCGCGUAGCCCGAAGUGCGCGACAUGGAGGUGAUCGCCCAGGGCAAAGUGGGCGGGGUCAACGGGGCGGCCACCGCCCCCGCAGCCGCCCCCGCCGCCGCGCUGCUCGCCCUCGCCCUCGCCACCGCCUCCGCCCUCCUGCUGCUCCCCACCGCCGCCGCCACCACCGCCUCCGCCGCCACGCUGUUCGGCGCCAGGUGAGCAGCCUACGUCACACGCAGCGCGCGGGGCCCAGCAGCCGCUAGGGUGGCGUGGCGAGUUGGGGGCUGAGCGG